GCAUGGGGUGGAAACCUUUAAGGCGUGCAGGCAGGUACUAAGUCCUGCCACUGGGAGCCAGGUGACACCACAGUGGGGAUCGGAGCUCAGCCCAGGGCAGUGUAAAGACCUGAGUGUGACAGAUCACCUGCAUUCCGGGGAUGGCGAGCUAGCUGAGGGGACAGGCACUGUAGCACCUGUGUCCUGGGCAGACAGCUUCUCUGAAUCACAUCAAGCCCCUCCAGCAACAAACAGUGAAGAGGUACAACCUAACAGACUGUGUAGCAUCCAAGGAGACUGGUCUUCCAGACAACACAGCAUGGAGAAAGUUACAGGUGGCUCAUGCUCCUUCCAGACCAGGGCAGGAGGAUCCACUUCAAAUUCUUCAUUUAGUUGGAAGAGCCUCUGAUCUGCCCAGAGAAGAAGUCAAAUCUCCUGUUGGCAAAGUGUCCGUGAUGGCACAGAUGAUAGAGAAAGGGGCCCCCAGGGCCAGCAGUCCCUCCCGGAUAUCCGUUCUGCUUGAGGCCUGGGAGAAGGGGCUAGUUGGGACGGAACCUGCAGCACAGCCUUCCUCCACAACUACUCGGCGCUCCCGUUCCCCAGUGCACACUAGACACCUCCUUUCAUCCAAAGAUGUUUCCCGGUCUCUGUCCCCUGCAAAUACCAAAAGUUCCUUUUCUCUUGUAGAUACCAAGCGAUCUCUUUCCCCAGCAGAUAUGAGGCCGUUGUCUUCACACGCGGACACCAAGCGAUCCUUUUCUCCAGCAGGUACGAAGCAGGGCCGUCCCCUAGCAGAACCGAGGCAGUCUCCUUCGCCAGCUGAUCCCAACCAAUCCUUUUCUUCAGCAAAAUCAAAGCAGUCUCACUCUCCACCAGAUACAAAGACAUGUCCUUCGCUAGCAGACGCCAAGCGGUUCUUUUCUCUUGGAGAUACCAAGCGAUCCCUUUCUCCAGCGGAUACAAGACAGUCUCCUUCACCACCAGAGGCCAAGCGAUUCGUUUCCCUGGCAGAUGCCAAGCGAUGCCUUUCUCCAACGGAUACGAGGCGAUCUCCUUCACUCGGGGAUACCAAGCGAUCCUUUUCUCCAGCAGAUACCAGGGAGCUCUAUUCUCCAGCAGACAGGAAGCAGUCUCCUUCAAUAGCAGAAAUGAGGCGAUCUCUUUCUCCAGCAGAUACCAGGCGGUCCCGUUCUCCGGCUGCAAACGGGCAGUCGCAUUCUGCGGCAGAUGCCAGGCGGUCCAGCUCUCCGUACGGAACCAAGCAGGUGCGUUUUGGAGCAGAUAACAGGCAGUCCUUUCCCCCAGCACUCCCCAGGCGUUCUGCUUCUCCAACAGAAACCAGGAAGUCUUGUUUUGUGCCUUACACCAGAAGCUCAUCUCUCUCAGCAAGUUCCCAGCAUUCCUCUCCUUCAGUGGAUAAACAGCGUUCAUCUUCACCACCAGAUUUGCAGAGUUCCUCCUUACCAGAUAUCAGACAAGCAAUUUCCUCAGCAGGGGCUGGGCACUCAUUUUCCGUGAAGGACAUCAAGCAGCUAUUUUGCCCAGCAGACUCCAGACAGCCUUCUCCCCCAGCUGAUGCCAGGUCUUCUCCUCCAGGAGAUUUAAGAAGCUUCUCUCCCUCAUCAGAUGGAAGGCGUUCCCGCUCUCUCAGUCCAUGCAGAGAUUUUACAGCUCACGGGCCUGUGUUCUCACAAGUAUAUUUCCCAGGUUCAAAGUCAAAGAACCUAGAAGGAUCAGAAGUGCAAGACUCUAAUAGCACUAGAUUAGCCCGGUCCCAAGGAGAAAACCACAGCUGUAAUGCUACUAAUGGCACUACAGCUGCUAGAUUUCCAAAAGAAAACCAUACAUUAAAAACUAUUGAAUCCCAGAAAGACAGUCUUUCCACUUCUGUCAGUGCCAGAGUGGCCCAAUUCCAGAAUGAAAAUGGUGUGCCAAACGCACCUACCUCCAGUACAACCAAUGGAUCCCCAAAGGGGAGCCACACAACCCGUACUACCAUACUUAAAUCCCAAACAGAAAGCUAUCUAUCAAAUACUGCUAAUGGUACUGUGUGCCGCAAACCUUCCGGUGGAUCCCCUGCAACGAAUCCUGUGUCCCAUUUUGCUGGCUCUCGUAGUGUAUCUGAAUCCCAAACCCAGUGGCGCAAUUCGAAAGGUAGUAACACGGUUGUCUUUAGAUCUGAAAGGCAAGUCGUUGUGCCCAAAGGCGAGGGUGGAACUUUGCACAGAGAAGAUCAAGAAGUUAUUGUGUCCAGUUCGGGUUCGGGGAGACUGAGUAAACCCCAGCAUCAAAGGGGCCUUACGCCAAACACCUCUGACAACAUUGCUCUGAAAGAGAACCACCAUCAACUGCAGGAUGACCUCACCAAUGGCAAGUCUCCUAAAAUAAGCCUUACAUCUGUCAAUGGGGUUUCCAACAGCUCCCUGGCAGAGCCACAACCACAAAAUUGUAUGACUCAACCCAGAAGUACUGGUGUGAAUGAUGCCCAAAGGCAGAGGUGUAUGCUUGCACCGAGCCCAGUCACAUCAAACAGAGAUGCUACCACAUGUGGGGAGGGAGCAGUUCAUUUUAGCACACCCCAUAGUGACUGCAGCAUACACAACAAAGCUGUAUUCCAAAAGCACAGCAGCCCGGUCGCAGCAGGCAAAACUGAGAAGUUAGGCAGCAUGCCUGAUUCAGGAGCCCCUAAAGUAAGAGAAUCAAAUCAGGAAUGUUAUCUGACAAGGGGAGAGAAGGUUACUGCCUCUGGAUUCAAAAUAAGUUGGUGCACAUCUGGUGUUGGUGGAACUGCGGCAGAAAGCAGCAUGUCUGGAUCCUUACUAGGGUAUCAGAAAACUGCUCCAGAGGGUCAGAAAUUCACCACUCAGACUGAGCGGAAGAAAGAAUGGAGCGAUCCAGCAAAGGAUGCCCUUGUCUUUGCACAAGGACCAGUAGUUCAACUUAUAGAGGCAGACUCUUCCCAUGAACCCCUGAGCCAGGAAACAGGAAGAAGUUUCACGCCAACAGAAGAGGAACCUGAGGAAUCUGUUGACAUGGAACUUUUUGUGGACACUUUGCGCAACAUGGAGGCUCCUGAACUCCGCAAGCCCAUGAAGAUUCACUCGAGGUCACCACGGCCUUCCAUACUCCCCAAGCAGGCUGCCUUGCCACCGAUCCAUGAACACUGGGUCACUCCCAAGUCCAAAGUUCCUCUCCCAACUGCUCUUGACGAGCUGCUUGCCCUCUCUGAAGAAAGGAACUUGGAGGCAGAGAAGGAAUCCAGGAAGGAACUUAGUGGAUUUGCAGAAGAGAUAGAAGAGAUAGAGAAUCCAUAUCUUACUGAAAACGAGAAGUCACAGGUAAACAACCCAGCCAAGAAAACCUACCCAUGGGAAAAUAAGCCUUACAAGACGGAGGAGGAGAUUGGCACAUUCUUGGGAAAGUUGCAGCAAGCCUCGGUGGAGUACAAAGUCAUAGCUCCUAAAGCAACAGGGAAUCAGACCAGUCUUAUCAGGGCCAACAUUCUCAAAGGGCCCUCGCUUUUGUGUGAUUUUGUAGACAAGAAGUCGAUGGAAAACAAGCCUUAUUCCCGCUUGGACAGCAGCCUCCUUUACAGCAAGUUCAUCAUCCCUGAGAAGUCACAGUUCAAAGCCCUCGAAAAAGGGAAGGAUGGAAGGAGCUCACCUCUGCUGCCGGUUGUUCUAAAAGUCAACCGGGAAUGCCAGACGUCUCCAAAUGGGACACAAGUUGGCACAAAGGAACAUCUGAGAUCUGAAUCAUCACUGACUGGGUUCCAAGUUCACUCUUCCUCCAGGACUCCAGCUGCAAAGAUCAGUUUCAGCCAGAUUCCUGUCCUUCCGCAGCGAACAGAGGACAGAGUUCUGAAGAUUAACAUGCGACCUGGGAAGAUCAUCUUGUACUCCGAGGGAGGCUUUGGGGGACAGAAGAGAGAAAUCUGGGGUGAUAUCAUUGAUGCUACAGACUGGGUCCUUUCUCAAACCAUCUCUGUCCGAGUUAUCCGAGGAGGCUGGGUGAUGUAUGAAAAACCUCGGUUCCUUGGGCGUAAGUGCGUGCUGGCCGAAGGUGAUGUGGAGAUCACCAACCCUUGGAAAAUGUACCAUAAAGAAGGAGAAGUAGUUGAGAAUACGCUAUUCCAUAUCGGUUCCCUCAAGAGGGUUGUACGGGACUACAGGAUUGCUGAGAUCAGUUUAUUUAUGGAAGAAAAUGGAGAAGGCCCAAAAGAGAAGUUCGUGGAUUCCUCAGAAGACAUGCGGACUCAUGGCCAGCCCUUCAAGGCAGCUUCUAUCAUUGUACACUCUGGCCUGUGGCUUGUUUAUUCGAAACCAUUCUUUGAUGAUGACCCGUAUGUCUUAGAGCCAGGUGGAUAUCCCACUUUGCAAGCCUGGGGGGCAAAGGACCCCUCCGUCUGCUCCAUGCAUCCUAUUAAGCUAGGUUGUCCUGUCGUCGAGAAACCCGGGGAGCCCAGGGCUAUGAUUUAUGAGAUGCCCCAUUUCCAGGGCCACUGCCGUGAAGUGAGUCGUGAUAUUUAUGAUUUAAAGAAGCUGGAAAACAGUGAGGACUACCAGAUGGUCACUGUGGGAUCUCUGAAAAUUGUGGGAGGCUGCUGGGUAGGUUAUGAGAAGGAAGGUUUCCGUGGCCAUCAGUACUUGCUGGAAGAGGGGGAGUACCUCGACUGGUCCCAGUGGGGAGGCUACAAUAAACAUCUGGUGUCCCUUCGGCUGAUCCGGACGGAUUUCUUGGAUCCUGUACUCACGCUGUUUGAGGCCAUGGACUUCGAAGACGGCCCCAGUAUUGAGCUCAAUGAAGCCCUGCCAGAUGUCGAGCUGGCUGGAUAUGGGACCACAACACAGUCCCUCCAUGUACUGAGUGGCGUGUGGGUGGCCUAUGAAGACAAGAAUUUCUCAGGGGAGCAGUACAUCUUAGAAAAAGGAGUGUACCGCAAUUGUGAAGACUGGGGAGCUAGCAGCUGCAGGAUUUCCUCUGUACAACCCAUCCUUCAGGUUGGAGAACACAGUCUGCACUUUGUUUCCGUGAUCCAGCUUUUCUCAGGCCCAGACUUCUCAGGGGCCCAAAUGUCUUUCAAGGAAGACCAGUCUUCUCUGCCAGACCUCUUCAUUCCUCGCUCUUGCAGGGUCCAUAGAGGCAGCUGGAUUCUGUAUGACAGCCACCAUUUUGAAGGUGAACAGCAUGUGAUCUCCGAAGGCGAGUAUCCAACACUGACCUCCAUGGGCUGCCUCACUGCCACAGCGAUCUGCUCACUGAAGAAGGUCCCACUUUUUUUCUCAGAGCCCUCCAUCUUUCUGCACGGGCUGGAAUGUUUCGAAGGGAAGGAGAUUGAGCUGAACAGCGAAGUGCGCAGCCUGCAAGCUGAGGGAUUCAACAACCACGUGCUCUCUGUGCGAGUAAAGGGAGGCAUAUGGGUGCUAUGUGAACACAGUGACUUCCGAGGCCGCCAGUGGAUGCUGGAUUGCACAGAGAUCACCAACUGGCUGACGUACAGUGGGCUUCAGCACAUCGGAUCCCUUUAUCCCAUCAGGCAGAGGCGGGUCUACUUCCGAAUGAAGAAUGGAGAGCUGAAGUCCUUCUUGUCGGUCCCGGAUGAUGUGGAAGAUAUGAAAGCAGGGCGUGUGCUAGUCUCAGAGCUCAAUGACCGGAACAGCUCCAUCUGGUACUAUGAGGAAGGACUUCUGAAGAACCAGAUCGCUCCUGGCAUGAGCUUGCAAGUGAUUGGUCCAGCCAAGAUGGGUGCCAAGGUGGUAUUAUGGUCUGAGACGCGAACACCCAAGCAGACCUGGCUAAUUGAUUCUUUCGGGAGGAUUUACAGCCAGAUGUUUGAGAACCUGAUUGUAGAUGUGAAAGGAGGAGACGCCUAUGACCAGCAUCAUGCCAUCUUAUGGGAUUCAUUUGAUGAAAGACCCACGCAGAUAUGGGAUAUUCAGGUGCUCUGAAGAAGGCAGAGACAGGAGCGCAUGUGUCACACACGGAACUGGGUUUUGCUAGGGGUGACACAGGUGCUUGUCCUUGCAUGAUCAAGGUUGAUGGGCCAAAAUGGAGGGGUGUGUGGUUUGCAGCAUCAGAUCAGCACAAGCAAUCCUUUCCCCACAGAUCACAGUCCAGAUAGAUAUUAUGGUUCUGUAUGUGAACCCAGAAGUCACUCCUCUUUUGAGUUCCUUCAUUCUUCCUGGGAUGGGCCUGUGAUGGGGAAAGGAGGCAGAAGCAAAUUGUUUUUUUUCCCCCAGACCUAAACUGCUCAAGGUGGAGAACAUUUGAGAGUUCCAAGAUGUAAUUCAUUCAUGGAGGGGGAUGUGGCAUCUGUUGAGCCAAAGAGAAGGAACUAACCAAAACAGAUAGAUGGCUCAAUUCCAAAUGGCUUAGCUUUCCAGGGAAAAACCAGAAAUGGACACUCACUUGCGCACAAAUAAACUUGCUUUUGUCUCUCUUCUUUCUAAAGGGAUGGCUUCCAUGAAUUCUAUUUAUGUACUUGUGUAUGAUAGAAUGCCUUUUAUAAAGCUAUUUGUCUGCCUCA